UCAUUUGUACCGAUGGAUAUCGCAAAGAAGUGUCUAAUUGUCGAGGAAAUUAAUUUCUGAAAUUCUGAUGACCAUCAAGGGUGGUCUUUUAACUAAAGUAAAGGAUCAUUGAUACUUGAAUCUCAUUUAGUGAUAUAUCUUAAGCGUGAUUUCAAGCAAUGAAAGAGAGUCGGAAUGUGGGCCACGAAGCGAGCAGAUCGAAAGGGAAAGAAACGAGCCUCUCCAGGGGUUGCACUUGUACCCGCGGUACUUUUGAAACACUUCUCUUUCGAGAUGCCCUCACCACUGUCCUCUCUGUUUUUUACCGCUCGUUUCUUACCUCCCCGUCGCACGCAAGCUUCUUUCUCUUUCUCUCUUGCUCCACGACCACUUGCAGCUGCGCAAAAUCGUGGAAGAAACAACGAAGCACACCCUCCUGCAGCUGCAGUUGGCAAUGCGAUCGCCGAGGAUCGUGAACGCCUGUCCUCCUCUUCCUAAACAAGUACCGAUAACACGGUGCACCUUUUUCCAUCGAAUUACAAUCUUGAAAUUAAUCAAAUUCUCAGGAAAUAUUUUAAUUCCGAACCGGAAUCUCUGUCUACCGACAAACGGGUCGUUCAGAGAAGUUUUGUGUAUCUGACAAUGAACGUUUGUUCGUUUUCAAAAACGAACAACCAGUGCCUGGUACUUUCUCUCUUUUAUUUUUCUUUUGACGAAUUAUGAUACACGUGUCGUCGGAGAACGCUCAACGAUACGACCGGGUGAAGCGGAAGGGCGCAGCGUUUCUCUCAAACUUUUUUAAAUCGAAAAAAUUCACGUUAGGGAUGAAGAUCAACGAGGACGAAGAGAUGGAACGUGCUCCAAAAGUCGAGACCCCGGCGAUCAUCACGAACGCUUGCAGGCGUAGCGGUAGCGAGAAUGACACCCAGGUGUCGAGAAUUCCGUCGACCUUGAGCGUGGCAGCCGUCGAUGUGGUCGUCGCUUGUCAGCCAUCACCAUCGCACUCUAUUUUAACCUUGACACCUGGUAGAACGCGGAACAUCGAUCAGGACAUGGAGGCACUUAGGCUCAGCCGGCAGGAUAACCCUUUCCUACAGGUACUAGCCAGUCGGGAAAGCCUGGUCGAGUCCCUGGAAGAGUCUGAGUCAGACGACGCCAUUCUGAUGUCUCAGGAAUUGGGUGAUACAGACCCUUUGACAUUAGCACAGGUGCACGAACACCUGGUACGUAGUCCACCACCGGCUUCCUGGCCGCACACGACAGCCUUUCAUUUUCCUCAUCAGAAUCAGAACAUGUCCGAUAAAAAUGACGUCCUGGCACAUUAUAAGAGUCCGUCGAAGAUACCGAUAUAUUCAGGCAACGAUCAGGAGCUGUCCAGAAGCGAACCAUCCACGGAUAUCAGAGAUCGCCAUUCGCACACAUUUUCUUUAUUGCAUCCAACGCCGAUUCGUUCAUUGUCGGAUGUUCGGCGACUUCACAGAUCGGCGGAUGACAGCGUGCAGCUGAUGUCCAGCGAAUAAGACGAGUAAAGAUUCCGGUCCGCGACCCGGACAAAAUGGUUUCUCGUGUUCAGAAAAAGAAGAAAGCGUACUUUGUCUACGUAAAGAUGCCUGUAAAAGUUUCCGGAGGAUUUCUGAGGGGUGUGUGGCCGCACAGAAACGGCACCUGAGAGCGUGUCGAGGCAGGUUCACGUAUAAUUGAAGUGAGUUGAAUGAAUUCUACUUCUUCGAGAAUCGCAUCGAAGUUGACGAUGUCGAACAGGUUGGCUUGUUGUAAAAAGAGAUAGAUCAAGGUUUUAUCGUUGUUGCGAAAAAUGUACUGUGUUUCGAGAGUUGUGUACCGUACUGAUAAAGAACAGAUUUUUUAGGUUAUCUUUUUAUUCGCAUCGCACGGGAUGCUGUUUCCAUCGGGACGAGUAUCCCUAGUGCUUUUCGUAUAUCGCGAAAUUUUAAAUACCAAGAUGCGCAUUGUAAAGAGGAAAAUAUUGUCAAACAGCCUUAAACAUUUUAGUAUCGCGGACUUAAAUGAAUAAGUACCCAUAAACGAAUACGUUUAGUACUAGCGAUAUACGCAUAUACGGGCUUCUGAUAAACAGUCAAUGCAUUACAAUUGUAGGUAAUUCGCACGCGAUUCUUACAACACUUGUGACCCUUUCUAACAGAGAAAGUAACUUUUCCUUUUCGUUCAUCUUUUCAUGUCAAUGUCCACAAAGUAACGAAUAAUGUAUUAUUUGAAGCACAAAAGUUGUAACUGAAAAUUUGAUCACGGAAUCAAGCGUGAGUAUCAUUGUUUUAACUAAUUACUACGGCAUGAAAUUUAAUUAUACUUGCUCGCGUAUUCAAACUUCAGACUUGUAAUCAGAAAAUGCAUAUACUGCCAAAGUGCGUAAAUAUUUUUGCCCAACGGUAAAAAUUCUAGGCAUUGAUCCAUUAAGGAAUUUACUUUGAGAAAGUUGCAUUUAAUGAGCGAGUGUAAUCUGAAAAUUUCAUGAGGCAAUUAAACUCGAUUUUGUUUGCGAAAUGACAAUAUGACGCUAUUACCAACCAAGCCUAGCAUACAAGUAUUGAUUGCUACCCAACACAUGAACAGGCAGGCCUACGUUCGACUGCAGACAGUUAUCGUUUAUUGUCAGUCAAAUCGAGAAAUUUACAGCGAUGUUUUUUCACUAUAACGCCGAAUGAUUAGGGAAAUCUCAUGCGCGCGUGUUUCAAGUCAAUUCACGUAUACAAAUACGCGUGUUUAUUUCUAAUGAGUUUCACUCACGAAAGUAUGUACGAGGGACAGUCAUAAAGCAGUGCUUUACGACUGCUUGUUUUAUAAUAAUCACAAUACUAGUCACGAGUACUUGAUUAAUAUUAUCGAUUUGUUAUUCAUUUAAUAAUUCUAUUUUUGAUUAAUUAAACCUUAUUGGAAACUUUGCAUUUAAUUAAUUGUUAAAGGAUGAUUAAGUUAUGAAACUAAACACAGCUUAAUUAUUUUCAUUUACAUCUUAAUUUGCAUUUUAAGAUCUUUCAAAAUUAGCAACAGGUGUCACUUUGUAAUUAUGCCGUUAAAAUCCUACUUACGCACUUAAUAAGUUAUUAGCUCUUAAUUUAUCGUAUAUAUUUAAAAAAUACCACAUGUUUUUCUAACCUAACUAUAACAAUUCGUUGCAAGGAUUCUUAAAUUAAAACUUUCGCAAAAAAUAAUCUUUCCAUUAUGUUAUCAGUGAUCAGCUGACGACUAUUAAUUAUUAAGCGGUAAAUUCAAUUAUAGUUGCGUUAGUUACGGCUAACAUUCUGCACAAAUUAUUGUUUAUUUAUUAUAACAGUUUAUUUUUAAUGUCGUAUAUUUUUCGGAUAAAAAUCACAGCGCUAAUAAUGCGCCAAGUGUACAGGCCUGAAUACAAUAUAAUAAAGUAAAAAUAAUCAUAGGUUAAGCAUCUGUUUUUACACAAAUCAGAAGAGAAGAUACGGUUGUCAAUUCUUCAAAGAUUAAUUUACGUUGCUCGAGGAUAGUUCACUUUCAGAGUUGAAAGUAUUUCUUUAAUAUUGCAACAUUAUUUGAAAGGAGCACAAAUACUAUUCCGCCGCACAUAACCUGUACAUUAUUCGCAUUGUUUUACAAAUUUGUCGACAGUCUGAUCUCUCAAAGGGUGAAUUUACUGUUUCACUUGCUGAAUCAGAGUCGCAAAUGGCCAGAUAACAUUAACGGCAAUGUUGAUGCAAUUUUACCAGGGUUUAUACGAAACUUUCAAAGCGAUAGCAUGUAAGAGAACUAAAAAGGAUCUAGAAAAUUAUGACAAUUAUUACUAUUACUAUUAUAGUGUCCAAUUGACUUGGCCAUUGAGAAUUGAGAUUAUUUCUAUCGCAUGUAAUACUAUUAGAGACACUGUACACGUGCAUUAGAAAUUCGAUACGAGUUGAAAAAUCUUUGAUCGAAAGCCAAACGAGCGAAAACAUGAAAAAUGCAAAAAAACUAGUAGAGAGACUUAUUAUAAUUAUAAUCUAGUCGAAUAUAAUGUAUAUGCCGAGUACUGCGUUGUCACUUUUAUGCGAAUACUAAAUGAAUACUUGUUCGCGUAAUUAUUCGAAUGUUGAUCGAUCGAUGAUAAUGUUAUCAUUCGAAUAUUAUUGAUAAUGAAGCUGAUGUUACUCUUAUAAAAAGA